AGAUAAGCACAAUAUCAAGCGCACGUUAGCAAGACCUCCAAAAGGUGAUUAAAAGAAGAUUUUGAAGAGUUGCAGAGACAUCUAAAAAUGGGAAAUCCUCCAAGAACCCGCAAAAGGGUACAUGCAAUCCGUCGUGGUCAUGAUGGAAGUGCCUUUGAGACAUGUGAUGAUUGUGGCUUUUUGGUGGCAAUUGCUUUGGCUGAUAUGCAUGAAUGUGAAGCUGAAACCAAAAGGAUUGUUAAGAGAUUCAAGGGUGUCAUUGGAAAGCAUAAAAUUGUGAAACAAAAUUACAGUGACCAACCCAGAUCACCUUUUGUUACUUUUAUGGAAGAAUUUAGAAGGACUUGCAAGAAUGGAAAACUGAUUGAAAUUGAUCGAAAAGGGUUUGAGACUUGGAGGAAGAUGUCAAAGCAGGAGAGGAAACCAUAUGUCGUCAAAGCUGAAGAGGUGAACUCAGCUUAUGUUAAAAGUUUGAUUAAAGAGAUUGAUGUUUCAUCAGAGGUGGAUGAUGAGGCAGAUUCAAUGAUGGUUGGGAAGUUUGAUCCGUCAUAUGAAGACUAUGGACACAACAGCAGCUGUGUUUAUAGCUAUGAUAGUUUCAAAGAAUAUCAGAGCUUAAACACCUGGAAAUUGGAAAUGGUAGAUCCUUGAAUUUAAUGUGUUUCUCGCGCCUAUAUCAAAGAUUGUAGACUGCAAUCAUCUGAUUUUGAAAUGGUGGAAAAUGGCAGGUGGUUUAGUGUUGCUGUUAUUCUCACUCGUAAAAAGGCAAGGCAUUUGGCUAUUGUUAACUGUAGAGUAACAGUAGGAGUUUAGUUUUCUAACAGAAAUUUUGAUAGCUAUAUGUCUUUGAUUCUCAGAAAUCAAAAGGUUCACAUUUUGGGGUCUGCUCGAGAAAUGUUAUUGAGGGAAUACGACACUUGAAUAGGAAGCAUUGUGUCCAUAAUUUUGUGUUUCCAAUUGUUCCCUUGCAAUGCACAAAUACGAUUCUAAUAUGUACAAUGACCAAAUGAGCAAGAUUUAUUUAUAUAUUUAUUUAUCUUUUUCCCCUUUUCU